GUGAGGCGUAAGUUUUGCCGCACAGCAACGAACACUCCACUAGACUGACACACAUAAACAUGGCGUUCACUUUUGCUGCUUUGUCAUAUAUUGUGGCACUGAUUGUUGAUGCCUUCCUCAUCUUCUUUGCCAUUUUCCACAUAAUUGCAUUUGAUGAACUGAAGACAGACUACAAAAAUCCAAUUGACCAGUGCAACAGUCUCAACCCGCUGGUGUUACCCGAGUAUGCUUUGCACCUCUUCUUCAACUUGCUGUUUCUGGUAGCAGGAGAAUGGUUUUCAUUGCUGCUGAACCUGCCACUCAUCCUCUACCACAUUCAAAGGUACCGCACCCGACCAGUGAUGAGUGGACCUGGGCUGUAUGACCCCACCAGCAUCAUGAAUCACGAGGUGUUGAGUCAGUGUCAGCGGGAGGGUUGGGUCAAGCUGGCAUUCUACCUCCUGGCAUUUUUCUACUAUCUGUAUGGAAUGAUUGUUUCACUGAUCUCAGGAGCAUAAGAUCAUUGGAAGGAGUGUAUCCAUCGUGAAUUUGAAGGCACCUGUUGAUGCAUUGCUGUAGCUGCGUCGGUGUGAAAACAGUCAACUGCUGCAUAUGAAACUUCACUCAUGCCACUAUGUCAAGAUUUUGGCUUCCAAGUUUUUUCCGUCUUUAUUUAUGCAUUUAUUUUUAUUUAUUUUUUUUUUUUUUUCUCUCUCCAUAGAAUAAAUUAUCAUUUGUAUAUUAUAUAUGUGAUAUUGAAUUUGCAUUUUCUAAGGCAUAUUAAUGAGGAUUAUUUGAGACCUUUGGCUGUAUUAUAAUUAAUCAACGGUAUGUAUUGCAUACUGCUUGAAUAAUACCUAUGUUAUAGAAAUAUUAUCAAGACAUUUUUGCAUUACUUUACUUGGAAUAAUGUGAUCUGUUGUGGACAAUACACAUUGAGUGAUUUAUUAGACACGGGUUGAGGUCAGGUGAGAUCAGGUGCAUGGUAGUGUGAAGGUAACAAUGGCUGUCAUGAGUCACUUCCUGUCACCUUCGAAAACAGUCAUCGUAAUCCAAGAACAACUUGCGUAUCACCAAAGACGUUAUGCCAGAGGUUUUGCUGCCACCAAAAGAGGUAUUUUCACCACAUAUUUUUAUGCACCAGGUAUUACACUUGAAGUAUACCUAGGAAUGCACAGAUAUUUCAUUGUGUACUUUACUCAGGUGGAUGUAGUCACCACUCAAGUCUAACACAGCACAAAUAGUCCAUGUGAGUGGAGUGAAGAUAGUUCUUGUGUUGGCAGAUUUAAAGUUUAAUGCUGAAAUUGUGUAUUGACACCAGGUUUAAUUUGGCUGUGUAGGAGGAAAUGUUAUAACUAAAAUUAUGAUUGACUUGUUGCAGAGUUGCUUGGGAGAGAUUCCUUAUCAGCACUGCCAUGGUUGUAAGUGUGUGUGUGUGUGUGUGUGUGUGUGUGUGUGUGUGUGUGUGUGUGUGUGUGUGUGUGUGUGUGUGUGUGUCAUUGUGUGUGUACUUACCUGUGCCUUUGCCAAUUUUAUAAUUUAGCCAGUGAACAAUGAUUUGUUUUAAUGUCCAUGAUCAGCAAUGCAUAGUGAGAGAUAAGGUUCAAGACUUCUCAGAUUCUGAGUUUGUAAUUGAAGUGCUUCUGUGGGGAAGGCAGAUAUGUAAAUAUAUGCACCCAGCAUACCAGUUUAUGAACCUUACUUAAUUAACUUUUGUUUUUCACUGUAUAAUUUGUUUGUAUGGCUUGUUCUUGUGAUAUUUUCUACCUUGGGUUAUCAUUAUGUUGUGUUUCACGAUGACUCCAAACUGUUGAGUGCCAUCAGGGCCAGGUGUAUUCUGCUGUGUUGGGGAAAUGCUGUGUUAUAGUGUGUCACAAAUAACACUGGUAAUAAAACGAUAUUUGUUCUCAAUUUACAAUCCAACUCCAUCAUGAAUCUUAGAUAAUGUUAGAACCAUACUAAGUUUUGUGGAGGUCUUAUUACUGGUCAGAGUAUCUUUUGUGAAUGCAUUACUUCUGCUAAGGUUAUGAAGAGAAGUAAUGAACACAUUCAUUCUGUGAGGUUUUGAAAAUAUUUUGAGAAAAGUUUGUGCAACCAUUGGAAUGUUAGGAGUCUACCAUACUUGUUUGAAAUAGUAAUACUACCCUAUGAAGUGUGUUGAAGGUUAAUAAUAUAAAGCUGCCAAACACUG